CUCAACAUCUGUCAACUAAUCCACCAUGGACACAAGAAACUCCAUCAAUGAGAACCUUGUAAACAAGGGGCAUCACAUUUAUCGAAUCAGCGAGAAACGGAGACGUCUGAUAGCUUUCAUCACCGGUUGCUUCAGAAAAUUCAUACCUGCAAAGAGCCGUGAAGGUGGAACCCGCUCUGAAGCAGAGGAGAAAGUAUACUCAUGGAUAUAUACCUUGGCCCAAGCUCACAAGGAUUUGGUCUUUGAGUAUGUGAGGUCCACCGAGAGAGGGUUGAGCUUCAAGGAAGCUGAGAGAAGACUCAAGGAAGGUGGUCGAAACAUUCCCCUUAAUCAUACCUUCCCUAGUUGGUGGCAGCUCUGGUGGAAUGCUUUCCUACAUCCUUUUAAUAUCAUUCUUGUUGUCAUGGCUAUACUGUCAUAUUUAGCAUCUGAUAAUGCCAAUGGAAGCAUUAUGCUUGUAUUAGUUCUGAUAAGUGUGGGCCUUCGAUUCCACCAGGAGUACAAUAGUUCAAGAGCUGCUAUGCAUCUCUCUGAACUCCUAAAAUCACCUGUUAGAGUGCAGAGAUGUGCUGGAAGAGUUAUCCAAACAGAACUGGUAGUUCAAAUUGAUCAGAGAGACAUAGUGCCUGGUGAUAUUGUCUAUUUCAGUCCUGGGGAUCUCUUUCCUGGUGAUGUAAGGCUACUAACAGCAAAAGAAUUGGUUGUAAGUCAGUCAUCAUUAACAGGCGAGUCAGGAACCGUGGAAAAAAUAGCAAACAUUAGGGAAGAUCGCAGGACUCCGCUGCUAGAGCUUAAGAGUAUAUGCUUCAUGGGAACGAGUGUGGUAUCUGGAUGUGGUACUGGGUUAGUUAUAUCAACAGGUUCCAACACUUACAUGAGUACCAUAUUUGCCACAUUAGGAAAGGAGAAACCACCAGAUGCCUUUGAAAAGGGAGUUAUAUGUGCAUCUUAUGCACUUAUUUGCAUUAUGGUAGUGGUAGUCCCUGUUAUAGUCCUCUCUGAUUACUAUAAAACUCAUAACUUAAGUGAGAGUAUUAUAUUUGGGAUCUCUGUCGCAGUGGCUCUGACUCCACAGAUGCUUCCUCUUAUUGUAAAUACAAAUCUUGCGAAAGGAGCCAUUGCAAUGGCAAGAGGCAGAUGCAUAGUUAAGAGCUUAUCCGCCAUACAAAACAUGGGGGCUAUGGAUAUUUUAUGCAUUGACAAGACUGGAACCCUGACAAUGGAUCGUGUUAUAGUGAUUCAUCAUUUAGAUAGUUGGGGAUUUCCCAACGAAAAGGUUCUGAAGUUUGCAUUUCUGAAUUCUUACUUCAAAACUGAGCUCAAAGGACCUAUUGAUGAUGCAAUUCUGGCAUAUGUUUAUACCAAUGGAUACAGAUUCCAGUCAUCCAAAUGGAGAAAAAUAGAUGAGGUCCCUUUUGAUUUUGUCAGAAGAAGAAUGUCUGUUAUUGUUGAAACAGAUCUAAACAGCACACUUGAUGACACUUAUCCUGGUAUUGAGGCUGCUAGUUGUGUGAUAUCAAAAGGAGCACUCGAAGAAGUAUUAAACAUCUGUACUUCAAUCGAGCAAAUUGAUACUGGUGUAACUGCAGCCCUAACUCCAGAAGAUCGUUCAAGAGUCCUUCGAAUAAGUGAAGAACUGAGUAAUGAUGGACUACGGGUCUUGGGAGUAGCAACACGAAAGAUGAGGACAAAAAACAUCAGUAUGUCCAACCACACAACAAUCGAAUCAAACAUGGUUUUCCUUGGUCUCAUCUCCUUCUUUGACCCACCGAAGGACUCAGCUAAGCAGGCCCUGUGGCAAUUAGCAGAAAGGGGAGUAAAGGCAAAGGUGUUAACAGGUGACUCACUUUCCCUGGCCAUAAAAGUCUGCAAAGAGGUCGGAAUCAGGACAACUCAUGUAAUAACAGGCCCAGAUCUUGAGGUUCUUGACCAUGAUGAGUUUCAUGAGACCAUCAAAAGAGUCACAGUGCUGGCCCGCCUUACUCCAGUUCAGAAGCUUCGAGUGGUCCAGUCACUGCAAAAAGUUGGAAACCAUGUUGUUGGGUUUUUGGGUGAUGGAAUUAAUGACUCCCUUGCAUUGGAUGCUGCUGAUGUUGGGAUCUCGGUUGACUCUGCAGCAAGCGUAGCUAAGAACCUCGCUGACAUUAUUCUACUUGAAAAGGAUUUAAAUGUCCUUGUGUCUGGUGUUGAACGUGGUAGGCUCACAUAUGGAAACACCAUGAAGUAUAUAAAAAUGUCUUUGGUAGCAAACAUCAGCAGUGUUAUCUCACUCCUCAUAGCAACACUAUUCCUACAGUUUGAACCACUCACUCCCAAGCAGCUUCUUACACAAAACUUUCUGUACAACAUAGGCCAGAUUGCAAUACCAUGGGAUAGAAUGGAGGAAGGGUAUGUAAAGACCCCACAGCGUUGGUCUUCCAAAGAGUUGCCAAUAUUUAUGCUAUGGAAUGGUCCAGUUUGCUCAAUAUUUGAUAUUGCCACCUUUCUGUUUCUUCGGUUUUAUUACGGAGCCUAUAGACUUUCAGCCUCCAAUUUUUUCCAUACUGCUUGGUUUGUUGAGGGUCUCCUUAUGCAGGCUCUUAUCAUCCACAUGGUCAGAACAGAGAAAAUUCCAUUUAUACAGGAUAUGGCAUCAUGGCCUGUUAUUUUCUCAACCAUCACAGUCACUGCUGUUGGGAUCAUAAUCCCAUUUACACCAGUUGGAAAAGUUAUGGGAUUGACUUACCUUCCAUUGUCAUAUUUUGGUUUUUUAGUUGUUCUUUUCCUGGGGUAUUUUACACUUGGACAGGUUGUCAAGAGGGCUUAUAUUCUGACAAACAGACAGUGGCUUUAGACAACAAAUUCACAAGUGUGAACCAAGCUACCA